AUGCAAAACAACGGGUCAUUAAAGGGCAAAACUCUUUUUAUAACAGGUGCAUCAAGAGGAAUUGGCAAAGCUAUAGCAUUGAAAGCAGCACGUGAUGGUGCAAAUGUUGUCAUUGCGGCCAAGACAAGUGAUCCACAUCCCAAGUUGCCAGGCACAAUUUUUACCACCGCAGAAGAAGUUGAAAAGGCCGGAGGAAAAGCCUUGGCAUGUAUUGUGGAUGUGCGUGACGAGAACCAAGUGAGGGCUGCAGUAAAGGCUGCUGUCGACAAAUUUGGAGGCAUAGAUAUUUUGGUAAACAACGCCAGUGCGAUUUCUUUGACAACUACAUUGGAAACUGAAAUGAAGCGUUAUGAUUUAAUGCAUAAUAUUAAUGGUAGAGGAGCGUUUCUUGUCUCCAAGGAAUGUCUUCCCUAUUUGCUAAAAAGUAAUCAUGCCCAUAUUUUGAAUAUUUCUCCUCCAUUGAGCAUGAAAUCUUUUUGGUUUAGCCGUCAUGUUGCUUACACCAUAGCAAAGUAUGGAAUGUCUAUGUGCGUACUAGGAAUGGCGGAAGAAUUCAAAGAUCAAAAUAUAGCCAUCAAUGCAUUGUGGCCACAGACUACGGUUCACACUGCUGCUGUUGAUAUGCUUUAUGGGAGUGGGCAAUUUGCUCGUACGGCGGAUAUAAUGGCUGAUGCAGCCUAUGUUAUAUUGUCUCAAAUACCGUCCACAUGUCCAACAGGUCAGUUUCUUAUUGAUGAAAAGGUUUUGCGCAAAUCUGGUGUUACCGAUUUCACUUCGUAUGCUGUGGAUCCAUCAAAGGCAAAUCUCUUGCACCAAGGCUACUUUCUGGAGGAAAGCAAUGAGUAUCCAACAAGGUCAAAAUUAUAAUGUGAAAUACAAAUAAUAAUUUUUUAAUUAACAAAUUAUUUUAUUUUU